AUGUCGCCUCUAAUUUCCGACUUCCUUCUCCAACUCGACGUGCGGUUCCCGCAGAACGCCGAGCGUGUACUCCAAGCUUCUGUCUUCUUCAUGGUCACCAACACCUCUCGCUUGGCCUCAUGGCUAAGUUUACCAAGCCGUCUCUUCACGAGGAACGCCCGCAGCUGCAUCAUCUCCCCCGCGAGCUCGGACUCUGACUCCAGAACUAGCCAGCUGAAGCGAGAUUCGAUAGUCUUCGUGGAUCUGGAAGAAGCGUCCAAUGAGGCAGCCGAACAGAUUCAUGUCGCUGUUAGAAAUUUUGUCGCCGACGGACUCUUGGUGAUCAUCAUCCGCGUCCACAUGCAAAAUAGACCGCCCGUCUUCAUAUCAACCAUUUUUGAAACGGCGACGGUCGGGCAGAGUGUGUUGUGCGUUUAUCAGAGGUUCCGUUAG